GUGCCCAUAGAGGGUGAAGGACUGAAAUGGAGAAAGACCCAGGCAUGGCCUGGAGCCAAAUGAAUGGGAAGGCAGACACUCUUGUGGGAAGGACACUGGACCAGGAGUCAAGACACCAGGGCUGCAGCCCUGGCUUGGCCGCCAACGGGAUGUGGACUGUCCCCAGGUCCACCUGACUCUGAGAUUCAUAAUCCCUUCUGCCCUGGAAACCGGGGCGGGAGCUCAGGUCAUCCUGUUCAGAGGCAGGGGGAUGGAUCUCUUGACCUGAGGAUUGGCAUGGAAGAGAGGAGGGAGAGAGAGAAGGAAGAACAAAACUCCAUUUGGCCUUCCACAGUCAGGCAAUGCUGCCCCACUCGGAACAGCAGGCAGAAACUUCCCGCCUCCCUGAAGCAUGGGGAAAUGGUGGGUAAAAGGGUGGGAGGGGCCAGUCCCCAGUUCUGGUGCUGUCUUGUAUCGGGUCUCCAUUUUCAGGGAAUGUGCUGAUUCUCCCUCCCUCCACCCUUCCUGGGUCAUGCCCGCCUCCUGGGGUCCCCAGCUUCUCCUUCACCUGCCAACCUGCCUCUCGGUUCAGCUCUAGUUGGGAGCAGAGAGUCCCCAUGGAGCCCUAAGGGUGGAGCCCUGUUGGGCUGGGACAGCGAUAUAGAGAUGGGGCCAGCCCCCAGGGGAGAAGUGAGGAGGGCUGGGAGGGUGCGGGGAGAGGAGAGGUUAACCUUUAACAUGAUGAAAAUAUGAAAGUAUUUUUCAAAACCCUCUUUAAAAUGUAAAUCUUUAUCUAUAUAUUGACAUGCAAAAAAUUCCAUGACACCUUAUUGAGUGAAAAAAAAAACACAUUACAAAGCAGCACGUGUGGUGUUUAUAUAAAAUGUGUGUGUGUGUGUGUGUGUGUGUGUGUGUGUGUGUGUGUGUGUGUUCGCGCAUAAGACAGAAAGGCUGUGUGCAGGGAGUGACGUCUGGAAAGGUGCUCACCAAAAUGCGAAUCCUGUUUGCCUCUGCGGGAUGGAGUUUGGGGUGGUUUAUUGUAACAGUCCCAUUUUUACUGCUUACAUUUUCUAGGAGUGUGCUUUAUCCGUAUGUGCAAGAAAACUCCCAAUGAUGCUGUUUUCAACUGGGGGGAAAGGAUUGUUUUCAUCCUAAGACGACUCUGUUACUCAACAGAAAAACAAACUAGAGAAAGAAAAGCCCUAGUAGUGGUCCUAUCUCGCAGGCAGUCCUGCGGAACAAGUUGUGGGGUGGGGGGCGUCCUGCCCCGUCAGCGGGCUCUGAACCUGUUCCCAGCAGCCUUCCGAGCGGAGGGAAGAAUAGACUGGAAAGUGCUGCACAGGUCCACCCUCUAGGGUAAGGCUCGCAGCCCCUCUGAAAAGGAAAUCAGCUUAUUUCCCCCAUUGUGUGGUUGGGAGGCUGCCUUUCAGGCAAGGGAAGUGACUUGCCCAGGUCACACAUACCUGAGUGACAGGCAGAGCCAGGGAGGAGACUCUGAGCACGGGCAGCCCAGGGCUGCUUCCAGUGCCCUGGCCGCCCCCGCCGGCCCUGCAAACCUGAAGCUGCAGCGGGUGCAAUCCCUUUCAAGGAGCUCUUCCCGCUGCCCCCAGCUUCCAGCUCCGCCUUGGGGCUGUUGGAACGAGAUGCAUGGGACACAGCCCAGCUGGGUCUCUGCCCGCCCCCCCCCCCCAGGAAGAGCGCAAACACUUCAGGCACAGCCACCUAGCACAGAGCCUGGGCACACAGUGGGCAUCAGUGAUCUGCUGAAUGUUCGCGGUCUAAGCAGUUCGUACUGGGUGCAGACCCCGCUGCUGCGCCGAGCGGCGAGUGCGGCCGCAAGGCCCUGUGAGUCUCAUCUGGGCCAUCACCGAAGGCUUCCUGUAGGAGGGGACCUUUGAGCUGAGCCUGGAAGGAUGGGUGGAAUUUCCACGAGGCUCCAGAGGAGAGAAACAGGCUGGCGUUUCGGGUGGACCGGUGGACUUUUCCAGAAGGCAGUCUUUACGCGCGAACUUGGCGGCGCGCGGGGACCCGCCACGCCGUGGGGGCCUCCGGUCCUCGGCGGCUGCUUCGAAUUUGCCGAGUAUUAGCCACGAGGGGGCGGGGUGAGGCGGGGCGGGGCCGAGGUGGGGGGGGGUGGGGGGGAGCCCAGAGAGCUUCAUAAAGCCACAGCAAAGGCGCCGCGACGCUAGUGACAGCGGCCCGCUGGAGAGGGAGCCCGGGAGCAGCUGCGCGCCCGCCAAACGCGGGCGCAGGACCCAGGCGUCCGAGCCCGGGCUCCGGUGGGGCCCCCCCCCGCCCCCGCCCCCGCCCCCGGGGCCCCGCCCCUACUCUCAAGACCCCCACGCCUGCCCCCGCGCGGAGAGCGGCCGGUCCCCGACGGCUGCGGGAAGGUGCCAGCCCGCCCCGGAUGGGCAUCGUGGAGCCGGGCUGCGGAGACAUGCUGACGGGCACCGAGCCGAUGCCGGCGAGCGACGAGGGCCGGGCGCCCGGCGCCGACCCGCAGAACCGCUACUUCUACCCGGAGCCCGGCGCGCAGGACGCGGCCGACCGUCGCGGGGGCGCCAGCCUGGGGGCGCCGUACCCCGGGGGCGCCCUGGUGCCCGCUCCGCCGGGCCGCUUCCUCGGAGCCUACGCCUACCCGCCCCGGCCCCAGGCCGCCGGCUUCCCCGGGGUGGGCGAGCCCUUCCCGCCGACGGCGAGUGCCGAGGGCUACCAGCCUGGGGACGGCUAUGGGGCCCCGGACCCGCGCUCGGUUCUCUACCCGGGGCCGCGCGAGGACUACGCACUGCCGGCGGGGCUGGAGGUGUCCGGGAAGCUGAGAGUCGCGCUCAACAACCACCUGUUGUGGUCCAAGUUUAAUCAGCACCAGACGGAGAUGAUCAUCACCAAGCAGGGACGGCGGAUGUUCCCGUUCUUGUCAUUUACUGUGGCGGGGCUGGAGCCCACCAGCCAUUACCGGAUGUUCGUGGACGUGGUCUUGGUGGACCAGCACCACUGGCGGUAUCAGAGCGGCAAGUGGGUGCAGUGUGGCAAGGCUGAGGGCAACAUGCCAGGAAACCGCCUGUACGUCCACCCAGAUUCCCCCAAUACUGGAGCCCAUUGGAUGCGCCAGGAAGUUUCGUUCGGGAAACUAAAGCUCACGAACAACAAAGGGGCCUCUAACAAUGUGACCCAGAUGAUCGUGCUCCAGUCUCUCCAUAAGUACCAGCCUCGGCUACACAUCGUCGAGGUGAACGAUGGGGAGCCGGAGGCGGCCUGCAACGCCUCCAACACACAUGUCUUCACCUUCCAAGAGACCCAGUUCAUUGCCGUGACCGCCUACCAGAAUGCAGAGAUCACUCAGCUGAAAAUUGAUAAUAACCCUUUUGCCAAAGGAUUCCGGGAGAACUUUGAGUCCAUGUAUGCAUCUGUUGACAGCAGCGUCCCCUCCCCGCCUGGACCCAACUGUCAGUUGCUUGGGGGAGACCACUACUCUCCUCUCCUACCCAACCAGUAUCCCGUUCCCAGUCGCUUCUACUCCGACCUUCCCGGGCAAGCCAAGGAUGUGGUUUCCCAGCCUUACUGGCUGGGGCCCCCCCGGGACCACAGCUAUGAGGCCGAGUUUCGAGCGGUCAGCAUGAAGCCUGCAUUCCUGCCCUCCGCCCCUGGACCCACCGUGUCCUACUACCGAGGCCAAGAGGUCCUGACGCCUGGAGCUGGCUGGCCUGUGGCCCCCCAGUACCCUCCCAAGAUGGGCCCAGGCAGCUGGUUCCGCCCCAUGCGGACUGUGCCCAUGGAACCCGGUCCCGGAGCUUCAGAGGGACGGGGCCCGGAGGACCAGGGCUCCCCCUCCGUGUGGACUGAGAUCACCCCGCUGCGGCCGGAGUCCAGUGACUCAGGACUGGGUGAAGGAGACUCUAAGAGGAGGCGUGUGUCCCCCUAUCCUUCCAGCGGCGAUAGCUCCUCUCCUGCUGGGGCCCCUUCUCCUUUUGAUAAGGAAACCGAAGGCCAGUUUUAUAGCUAUUUUCCCAACUGAGGGGAUGACAUGGGGAAAGGCACAGAAACAGUGUUAUCAGGUUGGAGGACACCAACUAAUGCAGACGACAGACUCAGGACUGAGAGGACCCAGCUCCCUCUGUCUCUUCUCCUUUUGUAGUUGGUUGAGGAAGAGGGGGUUCUGGGGUUCACUUGCUGCUUCCGGCCCACGAUGAAACCUGAGAGGAGUGUCCCCUGCCCCUUCCUCGGCCCUAACUACAAUCAUUUCCCUGGUGCUGCUUCUGGCUGUGGGUUCCCAGCUGGAGAACAGAGAACGGAGAACAAGAGGGUCUUGGCCACAAAGGAGCUUUCCGCUCUUCUCUGGGACUGGGUAGGGGUCCGGUGGGGCUGGCUGGGAACUGGAGACCGUCUUCCUUUAUAGAACUAACUUUGCGCAGUUUCGUUUGCGCCGAUGACUUUGGGCGGCUGGCCCGGACCCCCCCUGCGCAGAGACAGUGGGGUCCCAAGGAAGGGCGGGGAAGGGGGGGUUGGUGCACACCUCAAGAAGCGAAGUCUUUGGGGGUGGUGAUUAUGGGGGCACGCACGCUUUUUUCUUUUUCCUUUUUGGAAUGGGGAGGCUAUUUAUUGUACAGAGAGUGGUGUCUGGAUAUAUUUCUUUUGUCUUCAUCACUUUCUGCAAAUAAACAUGAAACUGGA